CAUGUUCUGUGUCCAGACUAAUUUCACCAUGAAAUCAAGAUAGCUACCCAAUGGCGGCUCUGUUCUUUCAUGGCUUCUCACAGACGCUGUCUUCGGUUAAGUUUCCUUGGCUUGGUCUUCGUGGCAGCUUUGUCAGUGAUCUUGAUAAUUUCACAAGGUCCAAUCGACUUGAAGAUACAGCAGACUAUUGCAAGUUGGCAUUUUGCUAGUUCAUUCCAAAACGAGACAAAUUCUUCGAAGCCUAUCUGCAACACCGAAGCMAUGAGAGAUAUUCUACUUGUCAUCGCCUACAUCGACAUCACCAGCGAAAAGAUGCUAGCACUURAAGACCUGUAUAAAAACAAUUUCCCCAACAUACUUUUCUGUGGAUCAAAUCCACUCGAAACCGGAAGUAAAAGCAACAUUUUGAUAUACAAUAUUCAACAUGGGAUAACCGCUUAUGCUUGUCUGGCGGGCGCAAUCAAGGCCUACCCAAAAUACAAGGGAUAUUUAUUCAUUAAGARUGACUUAUUUGUGAAUUACUGGAGACUAUCGGAACUGGACCUUCAUAGAAUAUGGCAAACAAGAACACUUGGUAACCAAGCAAUUUUUGAGCAGUCACGUGAGCAAUGGAUCUGGUGGUACACGGCUUGGGGUAUGAAAGCGUGCGAGAAAGCUUACAAAAAGAUCAUCUUCCUAAACWCUGUGGACAAGCAAAAUGGAGGUCUUGAUAACGAACGUAAAGAAGAAUCCAAUUGGGRCAUAGAGAACUCGUUAAAUGCUUUACUAUGGAACGGUCGUGGGARAUAUCACUGUUACCAUGGCGACGCGAACAUCUUUUACAUCCCUGCAAAGUACGCCAUGGCGUUUGAGAAAAUGACGCGAAUUUUUGAAGAAUUCGGUGUGUUUGUUGAAAUUGCGGUUUCUACGAUCAUUAAGAUGCUUGAGUUACAGGAAAAAAAUAUCGUACUUGAAGGUGUUGACCUGGGGAAGAUAUUUGGUGAAGAAAGAGCUGUGUGGGACUCGGCACUUUUUAUGGAUUCUUUKAAUUUUUCUCAGGCUUACGUAAGACCGUUAUUUGCGAAGAAUAGUGGAUAUUAUGAAAACAGUGUGAGGGRAAUUCUUAAUGCGAUUGAUAUUCAAAAAAACUGUUCGCCAAAAAGAAACUGGUGGUGAAACGAAGCAUCACUCUUUAAGAUAAGUCGAGACCUUAUCGCUUYAUUUUACUUCGUAAUAUAUUUUUACUGUUUCAUGCAAGAUUUUCUUA